AUGCCUCUCCGACCCACCGCUGGGCCGGCCGCCUCAACGGCGGCCGGCAGCGCGCCGCCCGUGCUGACGAAGAAGGAGCUGCUAGCGGAGGUCGAGGCGGAGAAGCGCGCCAAGAAGAAGGGCAAGAAGAAGAAGAAGAAGGGCGGCGGGAGCGGCGGCGCUGGGCCGUCGCAGGAGCCCGAGGCGGAGGCGGAGGCGGCGGCGACAGCCAAGCCCGCGAAGCUGGACAGGGAGGGGAUGCUCAAGCUUCUCGAAACGCUCACCGAGGAGCGGAUUCGGUUCGGCAUCACGCCGGAGACGUCGGUCGAGGGGCUGGCCGAGGCGUUGGGAGAGGAGGCGGAGGUGAGCGAGGAGGCGGGCGAGGAGGCGGGCGAGGAGGAGGACGAGGAGGAGACAGCGGAGGCGGCAGCGGAGGCGGCAGCGGAGGCGCGCCGGGAGGCUGAGGCCGAGGCAGACGCUGUGGCAACGGAUGAGGAGGAGGCGGCCGCGGCAGCGGAGGAGGAGGCAGCGACGGCGGCGGCGCAGGCGUCGGCUGCGGCAGCGGCAGCAGUGGCGGCAGCGGCGGCGGCGGAGGCGACGCUCGCCGCCGCCAAGGCGAGGCGCGCGUCAGCGGCCGCUGCGAGGGCCAGGGCGGCAGCCGACUAG